GACUUCUCCAACAAAUAUUUUUCCAUACACACUACCCUCGAUUAAUAAUUAAGACACUCAAAUAUCUAUGUUGGUGACUCAUUCUACCAUUUGGGUCUUGUAAGUUUAAUUCAGCCGCUAGACUAUUCUCACCCCAAUAAAUGAGGCACUAGACUAGUAGGAAACUGUCUUUCUAAGGAUCAAAGUCAUUAUAGCAUUGACCUGGCCUUGGAAAUUUUGGUUGUCUAGCACUUCGAUUUACCCUUGGAGGAAUAUGCAAAUUAAUGAUAAAUAGCUAAGAGGAUCAAACACGACACAAACCUCAGUCACACAUAGAAAGAUACAAAAUGAUUUGCAGUCACAUUACUUUUUCCUUGAUGAUCAUGAUAACAAUAACAUUAGUGCUAAUACCGCUUCUUGGGAAUGCCCAGAAAAUCCCUACUAUUGGAUGUCCCUUCAAUUUAUCAUGUAACCAUCAUAACAAGAAGAUUCUUGAAAUACCUUCUUAUCCAAUUCCUAUAAAACUCCUCAUAAAUCACAUUAACUACACAUCGCAAGUAUUAGAAGCAAGUGAUCCUGAAAAUUGUCUUCCACGACUCUUGUUACUUCAGUCAGAUUUCACUUCAUCAAUAUUUCCUUUUCGGAUUAUUGAUGGUUCUGAGUUACCACCGAUAUACAAUGAGUUUACCAAUAUUAGUUUCUUUGAUUGUUCUUCACUUGGACAACGCUAUCUAAAAAACGACGGCCCAAUGAAUGGAGAUGAGCAGCAGGACAUGAUUUCUUGUCCAAUUUAUAUGGCAGCAUUUGACGACGAUAUGGUUAAAUUGAAUCUUGUAUUCUGCACCAAAUUGUCUCAACGAGUUUCACCCCUUAUUCUUCCGGCAGAAUAUUCUAAUGGGUAUACGAUACGACAAACCUCAAUCUCAUUAUCAUGGUCGGAAACAAAUCUUGACAAUGGAUGUUUUAAAUGCAAGAACAAAUCAAAGAAGAUAAUUUUAUCCUCUGCAGGUGCAAUGAUUGGCUCAACUGUGCUUGUUCUUGUAUUUGGAUUUAUUUUUCAAAUAUAUCGCUAUUUUAAGAUGAAAAGCGAAGAUCAUACAAGAAUUGAAAACUUUUUGAAGGAUUACAGGGCUUUAAAGCCAACUAGGUUCUCUUAUGCAGACUUAAAGAGAAUUACAAAUAAAUUUAAAGAUAAGAUAGGCGAAGGGGCUCAUGGAGCUGUUUAUAAAGGUAAGUUAUCGAACCAAAUUCUAGUAGCCGUGAAGAUUCUUAAUAAUACAAAGGAAGAUGGGAAGGAAUUCAUAAAUGAAGUGGGAACCAUGGGCAAAAUUCACCAUCUCAAUGUCGUUCGUUUGCUUGGCUUCUGCGCAGAUGGUUUUCGUCGUGCUUUAGUCUAUGACUUUUUUUCAAAUGGUUCGUUGCAGAAAUUCAUUUCUCCCGCGAACAGCAAAGAUGAUUUCCUUGGAUGGGAUAAGUUGCAAAAAAUUGCUCUAGGCAUAGCAAAUGGUAUUGAGUAUCUCCACCAAGGUUGUGAUCAAAGAAUUCUACACUUUGACAUCAAUCCUCAUAAUGUCUUGUUAGAUGACAAUUUCACUCCCAAAAUUACAGAUUUUGGUUUGGCCAAGAUAUGUUCAAAAAAUCAAAGUAUCGUAUCCAUGACUGCAGCUAAGGGAACAUUAGGCUACAUGGCACCUGAAGUUUUUUCAAGAAACUUUGGUAAUGUCUCUUAUAAGUCUGAUAUAUACAGUUACGGUAUGUUAUUGUUGGAAAUGGUUGGAGGAAGAAAGAAUACAAAAACAAUUAGUGGCGAAGAAAAUAUACAAGUUGAGUAUCCAGACUGGAUCCACAAUUUGCUUGAAGGAGGAGAUAUACAUAUCCCUAUUGAUGAAGAGGGAGAUUUUAGAAUUCCAAAAAAAUUGGCAACUGUGGGACUAUGGUGUAUCCAAUGGCACCCUUUGCACCGUCCGACAAUGAAAUAUGUGAUACAAAUGCUUCAAGGAGAGGGGGACAAGUUAAAAGUGCCUACUAAUCCGUUCGGACCAACAACUACAACUAAUACAAAUGCUAAUAUUGUUGCAGAACGUAUGAAUUUGGAGCUGGAGGUGAUUGAAGAAUUAGAAUAAAUAUAUAUUAAUUAUACAUAUGUAUUGAAUAAUUGUUCAUUGUCAAUGACUUGUUACUUGUUAAUAAAGUAUUAUAUUUGUGAAUUUGGGUAUUUAUAAUUGAAAUGUCAUAUGAAAGUUUUAGUA